AUGCGCUCCAGCGAGACUUUCCAGAACGCCUACGCCGUGCCCUUCCAUGAGCCAGCCGUCGAUCACCACGGCGCCCUCCUCCCCCGGGUAGCUGCAUCGACCAACGGGAAUCUUCCACUCGCGCAGCCAGAACAUGAUGCUGGUACUCAGUACCCUGCUGAGUACCCUUGGCAGGCUAAUCCCUGGAACGCUGCCGCCUUAGAUGUCUACCGUCCUGGGAGUUUCAACCUUAACGCUGGUCUUCACGACGAGUCGUUGAACCUCUCGUACGGUGAAUUCCACCCGGAACCCGCCUUCUCAAUAGCCCUGAUGGCACCCGCCUGGGACUUUAAUUGUAUCCAGGACUUUGAUCAGUCAAACAUACCUAUCGGGAGUGCCGCCCAGCUGAACGAAGCGUCCUACCCAGGAAUGGUCUCAGCAACGCCAGCUCAGGCCCCUGCCCCUGCUGCAGCGAACCGCAUCCGCUGUCCACAUGGAUGUCCAGCAACCUUCGGUCGCGGUGGAGAGUAUCGUCGCCACAUGAUGAUUCACGAGCCUGCCAGGUACAGAUGCCCUAUGGUCGAUUGCCCCAAGACCUUUUCUCGCGCAGACAAGCUUCGCGAUCAUGCCAAGAGGGGUCACGGAGGUCGCAACCCUUUGCGCCUGUAG